AUGCGUGCUACCUCAAUCAGCUGCAUAUCUUCGCGUCUGCAUGUAUGCGAGUUAAGUUGGAGAGCAUCAAACUUCGCGAGUGAACGUCACUAUCGAUAUUCCUCUACCCUGUUUCCGGGGGUGGUACAGCAUUAUCCAUUAUCUUCAAGUCAAUACUUUACCGAGAGAACAGGCACUUCAUUUUUCACACAUCUCUGCUUCCACCAUGAAGUCUACGCUUUCCUUUGUACGCACAUCAACCGUUCAUUUUCGCAAUCUAUCUCAACGCCACCCUCUUUCCGCACGACGAAUCCGAACAAUUCGUUUAUCAUCUGGUCCCCCACCGAAGGUCAAACCAACCUUCUACAAAAAUCCGUCAAAGGCAAUUCAGAAAGGAGGUGGAUUCUACAUUCCCGGACUUCGAGGCCCUCGUCUGCGUGUCGCUGUUUUCGCGCUAGCAGUGACUCUUCUCGCACUUAA